AUGUCGAUGACAAAGUUUUGCUUGGUAUUUCUUGUGAUUUUUUCGAGUGUCGCUGGGUUUUUGAUCCCGAGAAAUGCUCGUUAUCAAUUGUUUUCCACGUGAGUUUUUGCAGCGUAAUUUCGGAGUAUUGUAGUGAAAACUGUUAAGAAUUUCUAUGGCUACAUUUUGAGCUGUUUUUUGAAGGUUAGCUAUGAUGUUGCGAAAUACUGUGAACUUCCAGAGUUUUCAGUAUAACAACUCACCGCAAUUCCGGAGUGUUGUAGAAAUUUGUGUUAUUCUAAUAAAGUUCAAAUCUAUUUUUCAAAACUAGUUUAAUAGUUAAGAAACUAGCUAACGAAUUCAAGAAAGUUAUUACAAGCUGAUAAGAUAUUGUGUUUUUCAAAUCAUGAAUUGCCCCAACUUUCUCCAGUUUAUGGAUAAUUUUUCGAAUCACUCAAAUAAUGAUUCCCAAAAAUCAAAUGAAUUGAAGAUAAUUUUUCAGACUUGUACUUGAACUAUUUUCUAUCUUGUGAGAGCAAAGAAUCCACUGUUAUUCUAGAUUACUGUAGCUCAUCUUAUUCGGAUUUCAAAGCGCGGAUUUUAUUUGAUCUGAUUUUGUCCUAAUCUUUCUGUAGAAUCUUCGGAUCAAAAAAGAGCUAUAUAUUUUUUCGAAUAACUUUCUAAUCUACUUAUACUCUCUAUUCUUCUUAGAAUUGCCUAUGUUUUUCUGAACCAAAAUCCUUGCUCAGUUCGCGGGUUUCAAAAUUCUUUCAAGAUAAUUUCAAAAAUACAAUUCGGAAUAAAGUCUAAAUUAUCAUAGCUAAUUCUGUAAAGAAUUGCAAGAUCUUUAUUUUGGUAAACUUUGUAAAUCUUCAGUUCAAAAGUAAUUUUUUCAAAUACGUUGAAACUUUUUAAAAUUCCCGAUUUUCUGACAGACAGUAUUCUUGAAGUUCUGUAGAACUUUUGUGAACAAUUUCAAGUGCUUCACUCGGAUUUAAUCUGUGGCUCAUCCUUCUUCAAAAUCAAAAAAGAGCCAAAAAUUUAAUCAAACUAAAUGUAUUCCAGUCUAAUCUACUUACACUCCCACUUCUUAGAAUCGUCCAUGUUUUUGUUUUCCGAAACCAAAUCUCAAGACGGUUAGAUGUUCUUGAGCAAAACAAUAUUCUAUAAUUUCUGAUCAGUAGUUAGUUGAUUGAAUUUGCAGAGUUACAUAUAUACCAGGAACUUAUAUUUCUCUCGGGGAUUUUCACUAAAUUCAAUGUUUUGAAAACAAAAAACAAUUUUUUCAGAUCUUAUGACGAAACUCCGAUUGUUGAGGCAAAAAGAUACGACAGAAAUUGUUUCUUCUCACCAGUUCAAUGUAUGUUGACAUACAAUGACGAUGCUCGACUUCCACUUAUUGUAACUCGAAAAGGAAAACGAUUUUUGGCCGAUAAUUUACAGUAAUCGCUCGAAAUUUCGUAUAGCUUUCGAUAAAUUGAUUACAUUUGUUUUUUUUUGUGGAAAUACAUAUGUACACUAAAUAUUGGUGAUUAAUCAUAAUUGUAUUUAGAUUCAAGAACUACUGUAGUUAAAAUUUCCCAAAAGGGAUUUCAAUUAGAGAUUUCAGUUAAAAAAAAACUUAAUUUUGAUACUGAAUUUUCAUACUAAAAAUUAUCAGACAACUAUUUGUUUUUUAAUAUGCUUUGCCAUUGAUUAUUUCUGCAAUAAACAUUCAAUUAUCCCCAAACAAAAAAAAAGUUCUCUCACCGAUUGUCACGUUUCAAUUUCAGACAACUGUUCUUUCCUGCACCUGAAACUCCACAAAACUUUCAUUUUCAUUUGCUAAACAAUCAUGAUAGCUAACAAAUCUAUUAUAUUUUUCUUUUUUGCACUUUCCAUCUGUGUCCAAUCUAAACAUUGUACAGAUUUUCAAUACCACUUGAUGAAGGGAUGUUCAUCGGUAAGAUUUACAUUGAAGUGUUAUUUUUCUUUCAAUAAGAAAUUAUUUAGGGAUUUGAUGUUUCGAAGUUUCCUGCGAGUGAAUCUCAAACAGUCCAACAGAAAGCUGACAGUUUUUGGGAAACGUGUAAAUCCGUCAAAAAUUGCACGGAUGAAAUAAAAUGCGAUGAUAAUAAAGGUGAAAUUCGAGGAGUAAUGAUGUUUUGUUUUUCAACUGUUAUGGAGAACAGUAGUUAUUCUCAUUGUUUGAAAAACUAUGCCGAUACAAAGUGUGAGAGAGUAAUUUUCGAUGGUGUUAUGAAAAUCAGUCGUGGUUCUGACAAGAAGACUUGUGAUUUCAUGAAAAAUGAAACAAAAAAUUGCUAUGAAAAAGGAAUCAAGAAAACCGAGGGUUGUGGGGAUAAAGAAGUGAAGGAGUUUUUCAAGUUGUAUGAUGAUAUGAUGACAAUUGUGGGAUGUGCAUAA